AAAGUUAUCUUUGCUCCAAUCAUGCAUCUAAAUAUUAAGUGGGGAAAGGAAAGGACCACCUUAACACUCGAGGAUCCUACAUUGCCUAUAAGCGCUCUAAAAAAUUACAUUUCCCAGUGGUCACAUCUUCCUCCCGAGUCUAUCAAGUUGAUUCAUUCUGGUGCAGUUUUGAAAAACGAUAACGCGCCUUUGUCAUCCUAUAGAUUUCGUCCAAACGCUACCAUACAAGUUGUCGGUUCAGCAGAAACCAUCCCAGUCCCGCCCCAGGGAUCUGCACAGAAAUCGGAAACGACUAUAAUGACUCAAAUACAGGAGCAGCUUACUUUAGUACGCUCCUCUCUUGUUCCAUCACUAGAGAAAUUUCUGCAAACCCUACCCACUCAGUCGAAUACGACCAUUCCAUUUGAUUCUACUUCUAACCCGCCAACAAGUCCCGCCUCGAUACACAAAGAGCACGCUAGGCUGAGCGAGAUGCUUCUCCAGUCUUUAUUGACUCUGGAUGCGAUUACUGUUGACGGGGAAUGGGUGCAAGCUAGGCAGGAGAGGAAAACUGCAGUCAGAGAGGUUCAAGGAUAUCUUGAUCAGUUAGAUGCAGCUUGGAAUUCUAGAGUUAGAUAAGAGGAACCGAACGUGUUUACAUUUGCCAGGAUGAUACAAUGACAUAUACACAA